UUAUCCAAACAAAAUACUCCAUAUUGCGGUUGAAUAAAAAUAAGAUACCUUAAAAGCCUAAAUGGGUCAAUUGAAUAAUAAUAAUUGAUCAAUUCCUCCGUGCAGAGUCUAUAUAAAAGUUCUUGGUCCGAAUUGAACAACCAUAGAAAUUAAAUGGAGAUGAUAAGCUUACCAAGAGCUCUCUUGCUCAUAGGGGCCAUAUCCGUGCUACUGUUACAGGUUGUAGCAGUGAAGACUGUAACACAGACUGAAGUAGAUCGCAAGAUCCUUCAGGAUAAUAUCGUUAAAACGGUCAAUGAAAAUACAAAAGCAGGAUGGAAAGCUGACAUGAAUCCUUGGCUCUCAAACUUUACUGUAAGCCAAUUUAAGCACCUUCUUGGUGCUAAGAAGGCACCAAAGACUUUAUUGAAUGGCAUUCCUGUUAUGACUCAUACAAAAGAUAAAAAAUUGCCCAAAAGUUUUGAUGCACGGACAGCUUGGCCUCAAUGUAUCACCAUUGGACAAAUUCUUGGUAUGGGCAUUGUGGUUCAUGUUGGGCCUUCGGUGCAGUUGAGUCAUUAACCGACCGUUUCUGCAUUAAAUUUGGGACGAAUGUCACUCUAUCUGUCAAUGACCUCUUAGCGUGCUGUGGUUCUUUGUGUGGUGAUGGAUGUGAUGGUGGUUAUACUAUAUCAGCAUGGCAAUACUUGGUGCGAAGUGGUGUUGUUACUUCAGCGUGUGACCCUUACUUUGACCAAACUGGAUGUUCUCACCCUGGUUGCGAACCAGCAUAUCCCACUCCCAAAUGCCAGAAGGAAUGUGUGAAGGGGAAUCUGCUUUGGUCGGAGUCCAAACAUUUCAGUGUUAAUGCAUACACAGUUAGUCCUGAUCCAUACAGUAUCAUGGCUGAAAUUUACAGUAAUGGACCUGUCGAGGUCUCCUUUAAUGUCUAUGAGGACUUUGCACAUUACAAAUCCGGAGUCUACAAACAUGUCACAGGCGAAUACAUGGGAGGGCAUGCUGUUAAGCUCAUAGGAUGGGGAACUUCUGAUGAUGGAGAAGACUAUUGGCUCCUUGCCAAUCAGUGGAAUAGAAGUUGGGGUGAUGAUGGGUAUUUCAAGAUCAUCCGAGGAACAAAUGAGUGUGGGAUCGAAGAAGAUGUAACUGCGGGAUUGCCUUCUUCCAAGAACUUGGGGAUAAAAUCCAUUCCUGGAGAUGCUUCUUUUGUUGCCUCAGUUUAAUGAAGGGUGAUCCUCCCCAAAACUCCCCCAUAACACCAUGCUGCCUUGUUAUAUAACACAACCCGCCCCUUCCAACUUUUGCGAAAUGGUCUCAGAUGUGCUGGCUAUAUUUCUGGCAGAAGUAAAAAAUGUUGUGACAAUUUCCCUUUCGUUUUUGUGAUACUUAAUAUACUCUAAAAAUGUCAAUUUCUGUAAACAUGGUCUGGAUAUACUUCUGAUGGAUGUAUACUUGUACUUUAUGUACUUCUACCAGGCUACCAAAUAAAGUGACAAGUCUAAAAUAAAGUCUUCUCAUACCCGGGACAGACACUGGACCCAGCAAUUUCUGAUUCAAUACUAUCGUAUAUACUUGGUAUAAUGUUGCAGGAAAUACUUGGUAUAUACUUGGUAAAUCUCGAUGUGAAAAAUGACGAAGCGGUCUAGCCUUAGUAAGUGCUUAAUACUAGGCAUACAUGAUAUAUCCAAUAAUAAUAUCAAAAAGUCUAUCUCAGUGAGUACAUAAAUUAAUAAUGGAAGAAAUGGUUCUGGC